CAAUCGCCCUUUCUACUUUUCUCUUAACUCUUCCAAUCAAAAGCUAAAAAACCCAGAAAUAUAAUACAAAAAUGCGACCACCGCCGUCAAAGGAGGCGGUGGCGGACACCGGAGAGCGCCUUGUACGGUUGUCCCCACAGCUUUCUUCAGGGGAGCCAGAAAUGUCUUCCGCUUUAGAAUCAACGUGUAAUCCUCAGACUUGUAGGUGGCGGCCUUACUCGAAGUCAAAUAACUUCGAGGCUAACGCGGCCAUGGUUUUGAUCAUUCUCUUCUGUGCUUUAAUAUGCUCUUUGGCUCUUAACGCCGCCAUCCGCUGCUUCUUGCGCGGCGGUGACAGACGCCGCCCGCGUUAUUCACGCAACAGCAACGAUAAUAGCAUUGCCGAGGCGCAACACCAAGAACUUGAUCAGCAGAGGAAGCCCGUGGCGGAGGCAGCUGCGGCACGGUUGGUGGCAACUCCGACGGUGGUUUACUCGACCGGGAUGAAGCUGGCCGGAGAGGAAGCUGAAUGCGCAAUUUGCUUGUCUGAAUUCGUGGAGGGGGAGGGGAUUCAAGUGUUGGCAAAGUGUAACCAUGGAUUCCAUGUAAAAUGUAUUCAACAAUGGUUGUCUUCCCACUCGUCUUGUCCCACUUGCCGUUGUAGUUGUCUUUGUCCACCGCCUUCAUUGGAAGAAAUCACCGGUAACAGAUCCCGGUAAGCGAUGCUGGUGCAGGAACCGUAGCGGUUUUGGUUGUUCUUGUUCAUCGCGUAUGUAUGAAAACUGUCAACAUUUUAUUUUUGGUUAUUCAACACUGAGAUAAAAACGGUGAAAAUAUUCUUCACCGCCAAACAAUAACUUUAGCCGACAA